UAUUUUUUGUUAUAAAAUUAUUCAAUCCAUUCUAGUCAUUCAAUUUUUUUUUCAAACCUUUUAUUGAUGGACCAGAAUAAAUUAAAUAUCAUCGAUCGAAAAAAGAGAAUGAACCUUGGAAAACCUUUUACUUCAAACUUCACGAUUAUCAUUGAAAGCAUCAUCAAUGACAAAUACAAUAAUGAAUCCAAGAAUCAUUGAAAAAUUGAAUCGAAUAAAAUAUUAUUUUGCAUCACGUACAUCAUCUUACGAUGACAUUUGGAACAUUUGUUAUCGUCUUUCGGAUGAGAUUCAAGAACAAGUAUUGGAUGUGUUCAUAUUGACAUUUAUAGAUCAUUGGGAUAAAGAAUUGGAACGUCAUGUUUUACUCUGUGAACGUAGUCUUAUUCUGAUGGAUUUUGAUUUUGUACAUCUUGAGAUUCGGCAAUUAUUCAUCUAUGAUUAUUCUCGUUUCAAUUCAAUACGUAUCGGUCCAUUAAUUUAUCCACAAAUGGCAUUAAAUUGCUCUAGUCAUCGAUCCAAAUACGCCAUACGAUUUCAAUGGGACUCUCACAAGCCGUUAAACUAUCGUGACUAUUGGAAUCCAUGGUCCAAAGAAAUACCUUGGAUCACAUUAGCUCAACAUCCAUUAGUCUAUUAUAUUGAUGAUUUAUUGAGCGAACAAUGCGUUGACAAUGAUGAUCAAAAUUGUUCUUCACUUAUUGAAGAUCAAUAUUUCACCGAAGAAUAUCUUCAACAAAUUCGACGUCGUUUUUCCAUUGAAACCUUUCACGAUAAAUUAUUGGAAAUUUUGAAUUCGUUCCAAGUACAAUCUACUCUUAACUAUCCACAGCUAUCGAGCUAUCGAUUGAUUUUACCAUCCAAUCUAAAUAAUGAUGAUGAGAGUCAACAAUCGAUGUUGAACAUGGUGCUAGAGGAUGCUAUCCGACGUAAUGUAUUGAUUGAAAUGUAUCAUCCAUCUGAUCAAUCUCUUACUAUCAUACAUUAUGCCUGUAUAAUGUGUGAUAAUUAUUUCAAUAUACCGGCUAUGUUAUUUAAUCGCAUCAAUCUUGGCUAUUAUCGUCUUCGUUUAUUUUGAGAAAAAAAUAUUUAUCUUAUUAUGUUGAAACUACUCUAUUUAUUUAUUUAUUUAAUCACUAAAUAUGAGUGUUGAUAAUGAAUACUGAAAAAAAAUCUUAAUUCA